AUGCCUUCAUUGAAGCGUGUUCAGGUGUCUGAGGACUCAGAGGAAACUGAUGGGUCUAUGAGUUCGAAGCGACAGAGAACGAACUCGGGUUUAUCAGGCUCAGGCUCAUCUCCUGCUGCUGCGCCAAACUUUCUCGCUGUCGAUGAUGAGAUUCUUUCUGACGAUGAGCUCGAACUUCGGCAAACCCAAAUAAUUCAAGAAAAAUAUUCCCACCACAUCGAAGAGGCCAACGUGCCCGCCGAGCAUGGAAUCCUCGAACGCGUCGAAUGCUACAACUUCAUGUGCCAUGACCACUUCAACAUAGAGUUAGGCCCUUUGAUUAAUUUCAUUGUUGGUAAGAACGGCAGUGGUAAGAGUGCGAUCCUGACUGCGAUCGUUCUUUGCUUGGGAGGUAAAGCGGCUGCCACCAAUCGCGGCCAAAGCUUGAAAAGCUUCAUCAAAGAAGGCAAAGAAAAUGCACAAAUCAUCGUGCGGAUCAAGAAUCAAGGUGACGGCGCCUACAUGUCGGAUGAUUAUGGUAAAUCUAUCGUCGUGGAACGGCAUUUCAACACCGCUGGAAAUAGUCAAUUCAAGAUCAAGGCCGAGAACGGAAGGAUUGUCUCGACAAAGAAAGCCGAGUUGGACGCCAUCACAGACUACUUUUCGCUCCAGAUCGAUAAUCCCAUGAAUGUGCUGUCCCAGGAUAUGGCCCGUCAAUUCCUCAGCACAUCCAGCCCGGCGGAGAAAUACAAGUUUUUCGUCAAGGGCGUCCAACUUGAACAGCUGGAUCAAGAUUACCGGCUAAUAGAGGAGUCGGUGGAUCAGAUCGAAGAGAAGCUGCGGGCAUCGGCGACGGAUAUAGCUAUCUUGGAAGAUCGCAAGGUCAGAGCUCAGAAAAAGCUGGAGGCAUCCGACCAGCAUGAUUCUCUGCGAGCCAAGGUGAGGAGUAUUCGAAGCCAGAUGGCUUGGGCCCAGGUUGAAGAGCAGGAAAGGAUGGUGAUUGAACUCGCCGACGCCAUCGCUAUAUCCGACCAAAAGAUCGCCGAAGCCGAGUCCGACCUCACACGGUUUGAUACCUUGUUCGACGAGGUCGAAACCGAAGGAACGGCCGCCGAUGAGCAUGCCUGGCGAGCUGCAGUGGCAUUCAAAGAGGCCGAAGAAGCUCAAAAAGAGGUCAAAGAGAGACAAGCCGAGGAAUUGGCCCGAAGAACCGAGCUCCAGGUACCCAAUCUUUCUCAAUCCUUUUUCUUUUUCAGCAAGAGAGCGGAUGGAAGAAACCCAAAAAAGAUAGACAGCGAGAAACAGCGCCUGGCUGAGGUCAGCAAUGGGGGCUACGCUCGCAAAGAAAAUGAGUGGGAGCAGGCCGUUAAAGACGCUUCCAUGGCCAAAGAUACAUACAAUGAGCACCGCAAUGGUGCCGCUGGCCUACAUAGCGAGGCUGAAGUUGCUGAAAGGCAAGAUUCAGAAGCAUGGCAGCCGAUUGAAUUAAAAAACAAGGAAAUCGAACAGGCCAAAAGUCAACUGGAAAACCUCAAUAGACAAGGCGGAGAAAUGCGGACAGGCAGGCACCCCAAAAUACCUACCUUGCUCAGAGAAAUCCAAAAGGAGCGCCACUUCCCGGUUUUCAUUGGCUCUGGGGGUCGUUUAGACACAACAGGAAAAGAACCAGACCCUCAAUUCGAUACAGUCUUGAGGACGCUUCAGAUUGAUAACGAAUUGGUCCGGCGACAACUGAUUAUCAACAAUGGAAUUGACCAGAUGCUACUGAUAGAGGAUCGGGAAACAGCUUCUACUACGCUCUUCGACGGCGCACGGCCUAGAAAUGUGCCAGUCUCCAGUUGCCGCAUGGACCAGGGGUCCAAGGAUGAAAUUCGAUUCUGCCUUGCAGAUCAGCGCGAAAUCGUCGCGGACCUAGAGCGUCAAUUGGGGGAUCUCGAGAAAGAGGCAGUCGCCGCUCGCUCACGCCGGGAUAAGUGUAAGCUGGCAUUGGCUCGGCACUCCAGAAUCCAGAAUGAUCUGCGUUUGGCUAUGCAGCAAGCCGAAGACCACGCUGAGGGGCUUAGAGAAGCCCUUGACAAAGAGAACGCCGACGAUGGAAGCAUCGACGCCCUCCAAGAAGCUCUCAAGGAGGCUGAGAGCGAAUUGCAGCUCAAUGAAGGUUCUUACGGAGAUGCUCAGGCUGCGAUGACUGCUAAAAUGCAAACACUUAAAGAGAUCAUGCGAGAAAUAAAUGCACAGACAACAGCCCUCGACGCCUUGAAAGUGAAAGUGAAUGUCGCUGAGAGCGAAAAGAAUGUCGUGGAGAAUAAACGGCGGACGCUUCACGACCAUAAAAACGCCGCCAUUGGACUUAUUGACAACGACAAAGCACAAAGAGCCAACCUCGUCCAGAAACGAGAACAAGUACAAGCACGAGUCGAGGAGUACAACGAAAAAGCCGCCAUGGUAUCCGAUCGGGUGCCUGUGGACGAAGGGGAGACUUCGUCAAGUCUGGAAAGAAAGUUGGAGACCCUGCAACGAGAUAUCAAUCGUUAUAAUACGCAAUUGGGAGCAUCUCGCGCGGAGAUUGCGGCCGAGGCAGCCAAAACGGCGACAGCAUAUUCAAUAGCCGCGUCUCAAGUUGAGGAGCUGUCCUCAUUGGCACACCGCCUUAAGGAUACCUUGAGUAAUCGCAAAAAGCGAUGGGAGAUCUUUCGAUCCCAUAUUUCGUCUCGGGCCAAGGCCCAAUUCACUUACCUUCUCAGCGAGAGGAGUUUCCGUGGUCGUCUGCUCACUGAUCACGUUGAACCCGAUAUUACGAAAGACGAUAGUACUGGACGGGGCGCAAAGACGCUCUCUGGCGGUGAAAAAUCCUUCUCACAGGUCUGUAUUUUGCUAUCCCUCUGGGAAGCCAUGGGAUCUCCGAUCCGCUGUCUAGACGAGUUUGAUGUGUAUAUGGAUCAUAUUAAUCGAAAGAUGUCCAUUGACAUGCUGAUGGUUGCAGCCAGACGGUCAAUUGGCCGCCAAUUUAUAUUAAUUACGCCGGGAUCAAAGACAGACAUCACGAUCUCUCCAGAUGUGGUGGUCAAAGAACUGGCUGCACCUGAAAGGGGGCAAACAAGAUUGAAUUUUCAGUGA